AUAUUUUUAAUGAAGGAUAUUUUUAAAGAAGUGAGUGCGCAAGUAAAGAAGUGACCUCACUCCGCUGAUAACCUCGCCUAGUUAUAAGUAUUAAUAAAGUCGCACGAUUAGCGCAGAUUUCAGUCGGUUUUAUUUCUUUGAGUCGCGAUGAAAUCAGCUUCAGCUGCUGUUCUCGUCGCAAUCGCUGUGUGCCAUUGGUUUUUCCACUUGGGAGAAGCUAAACUGCUUGAGCCAAAUUGCGGAAUUCGGGCCAAGACGUCGCCUUACCGAUCGAGAAUUAUCGGAGGCAGUGAUGUUGAUAUCUCUUCCCAUCCCUGGAUGGCCUAUCUGCUAAAUGAAGUUGGAUAUUUCUGUUCUGGCACACUCAUAACUCAUCAAUUCGUCCUGACGGCCGCGCAUUGCAUUGAAUCCUCUUCAAAUAUAACUGUUCGAUUGGGAGGAAGUGAACUUGCACGCAGUUCGGCAUCAAUGUGCCAAAUCCCAGCUGAGGACUACCCGGUGAGCAUCGCCAUAAAGCAUAGGUUCUACACUCGUUCGAUUCUGCUGAACGACAUCGGCCUAAUAAAGCUUGGGAGAUCUGCGAAAUUUGAAGACAACAUCAGGCCGAUCUGCAUUAUCCUCGACCCGGAUAUGAGACUCCUGCUGGAGGACGGAAUGUCGCUCACGGCCACCGGCUGGGGAUUUAUGGACAACGGUCUGCCGGCAACAGCUCUCCAGGAAGCCUCCGUCACAGUGAUGAAUAGGAGCGUAUGUAGCGACCAGUAUAAUAUUUCGUUAGCACAGAGCAACCUCUGUGCCGGGAACAGCGAGACCAACACCUGCAACGGCGACUCGGGCGGACCACUUGGAGGUGUGGUGAACUACUACGGGGAUCUGCGGUUCGUCCAGUACGGGUUAACAAGCUUUGGAGAUCGCAAUUGCCGUGCUCCGAGUGUCUAUACGGAUCUGAGCACCUACUCCGGAUGGAUAAGCAUGGCUGUGAAUAUAUAUGGGACAUAAUUACUGCAUAAAUAAAUUUACAAAUAAAUUAUAAAAAAUUACAGAUUAUACUUUGGGCAUUGCAAUUCUGCCUGUCUUUUCUUAGGAUUUAAAAGAACUCAGAAACAAAUGAGCUUCGAUUGGUAACUUCAUUUCCCGGUAAGUGAAUAUGAAAUAAUUAAUCUUGAUUCCUGGUAAUGCUCAUAUGAUUUUACAAAUAAACGCCGUUUCAAUGAAUAUAUAAG